AUGGAUCUUGGAAUUCCUAUAAACUCUACGGUGGAGAAAGCUAUUCAGAUAUAUAGAGCGAGAAGGCAUCGUGUUCACUCUCUUAGGCUGGUUGAUCGUGAGAUUAUGGCACUCAAAAAUAAAGGUCUUAACCAAUUAGACGAUAUUUGCCUUUGGAAAAGGGAGAAUAGGGAGUUUAAAACAUAUUUCAAAACAUCUCAUACUUGGAAUCUUGUGAGAAACCCAUCUCCGAAGGUGUCUUGGGAAGUCUGGAUUGGAACCAUUAAACAUUUGGCAGGGCAUGGAGAAGUGUAUGAAUGGGAUCGAGUGCUUCGGAUUGUUGAGAAGGGAUUACACAAGCGGAGUUCGACUGUGCUACUGCGUUAUUGCUUUCAGGCCGUGGCUUAUGCGAUAUGGCAUGAGAGGAAUGUGAGAAGAGUUGGUGAGGCAUCACAGCCAGCUACUUGUCUGAUCGCAAAGCUUGAUAAGCUUAUCAGAAACAGAAUAUCUUCACUGAGAAGGAGGGUAGGAGGAAAAUAUGAGAAGAUGAUGGAGGAUUGGUUUGACAGAGACUAG